AUGCAGAGGGUCUGCUCCCUCAUCCAUCUCACCCUCUUCUGGGCAGGAAUCAUGUCAGCAGAUGUGUUGGUGCCUCAAGAGGCAGCAGUGACUGUGUCUGUGGGGGGAUCAGUCACCCUCAGGUGCUCCAUGAAAGGAGGGUCCAUCAGUGACUACUAUAACUACUGGUACAGGAAGAUUCCGGGUAGCACAAUGACUUUCGUAUUUCAAGAAGGGGGCACGUAUGGCCCUGGUUUCCAGGAAAACUUUAGAGGUGAAGUUGAUCAAGUAAACAACCAGGUCCUGCUGGAGAUCCUCAAGGCAUCAGAGAGAGACAAAGGAUCUUACUACUGUGCAGCCUAUCCACUGAUAUUCGGCAAAGGAACCUAUCUGAAUGUUGAACCACGAAAGCAGUCUGUUGCCACACCAUCUGUCUUUGUCAUGAAAAAUGGGACAAAAGUCGCUUGCCUGGUGAAGGAUUUCUACCCUAAGGAUAUAAAUAUAAACCUACAAUCAGCCAAGAAAAUAAAAGAAUAUGACCCUGCUAUCGUCGUCUCUCCCAGUGGGAGGUACAGUGCCAUCAAGCUCGGUCAGUAUGAAGAUUCCGAUUCAGUGACAUGUUCAGUUCAACACAAUGAACAAAUCUUCAACUCCACUGAUUUAGAACUGAAGAAAACUGUUUCAGGUAGGUCANAACCAAAGGCACUUGAAAACAAGAAUCCAACUUCAAAGACGUGCUAUGAACCUCGAGUUCCUGCCGGAAAGGUAAACAUGAUGUCCCUCUCGGUGCUGGGGUUCCGCAUGCUGUUGGCCAAGACUGUCGCUGUCAAUUUUCUCUUGACUACCAAGUUAUUUUUCUUUUAA